GAAGGGAACACAGUCCUCAGCUGGUGUGGGUGGGACCGUGGGACCAGCAGUGCAGCUGGCAGGACACAGCUCAAAGCCAGUUACAUCCCUUCUGCCCAGCACUGUGGCACAGGGAAACUAAGACCCCAGGAGGGCCAGGGGCCACCCCGGGAAUCCUGACCCUGCCCUGUUCUCACGGGGAGCAAUGGCACCAGGCAGAAGGGACGGGUGCCGUGGACGGGGGGCAGUGGGGACAUGUGCAGCAGCACAGGCUGCCCUCUGCAAGGCCACAGCUGGACACCGGCAGCUGGUGCUGCAGCUUGGGGGCAGCGGUGACAGCCCUCGGCUGCGCGAGGAGCGGCGCAGGAGGAGCGCGGAGGCCCGUGAGCUCAGCACCGGGCUGCGGCGGGUGCUGCUGGCAGGGGUGAAGCAGGCACCAGCGAGCCUCCCGGAGCGGCGGGAGCUGGAGCGGCUGUGGGUGCUCUUCCUCUCCGCUCUGGAGCUCUUCCUGCAGGAUCUACGCAGAGCCCACUACCUCUGCCAGCUCUUCUCCAUGCAAGAGGGUGGCGUGGCCCCACUGCGCACCGGGCUGGGGGGCUGGGGGCUCCCUGGCCGGCGAGGGGUGGUUUCCAUGCAGCCCCUGGCUGCCCAGGGCUUAGAGGAAGAGAUCGAGCAAGUGAGGGCCACAUUGUCAGAGAUGGAGAGUGGAGCCAACAUUCCACCAUGGACGGUGGAAGCCACGGAGACCACACAGCCAGUGGGGAUAGGUGGCACUGCAGCCAGGGGGGCUUGGGCAGGGCCCUGCACUGGGCACUGCUGUGGGGUGCUCUGAAGGGGAGGCCAAGGAGAGGAUGCAAAGCUGGCACCCCCUGUCACAAAGCAGGGUAUGGGAGCCCUCAUGUACCCCCACAGUCCCCAGCCCCCUGCCCAUGCAGGCAUUGCUGGGGGCUGCCCCCACCCUGCAGAGGGAAUGGGACCAUUCCAGGCCCCCUAA